CGGGCAACGGCUAGCGGCGCGGAGGCCGCGGGUCGGGGUCGGGGUCGGUGCGGGAGCUGCCGGAGCGAGCGGGGAGCGAGGGGCCGCGGGGAGGGUCCUCGGUCCGCAGCACCGCGGGCUCAUCGGGACCGCUCUCGCGACGGCGCAGAGGCGGGGACGGUGUCCCGACGUGGUGACCGGGCGGCGCCCCCAGAGGGCGCGCGGGAGGCCCGGACGCGCCGUCGGACGCGGGCGCGCGGAGGAGCGGGAGCGCCGAGGAGCAUGUCCAAGCACGAGGGUCAUUCAUCGAAACAAGAUAAUUUAGCAGUCACUGCAGUUGCUUUACAAGAUCACAUUUUACAUGAUCUUCAACUUCGAAAUCUUUCAAUAGCAGAUCACUCUAAGACAAAGGUACAAAAGACAGAGAACAAAUCCAAAUCUCUAAAAAGAAACACAAAAGCAAUAAUAGAUACUGGACUUAAGAAAACUAUACAAGGCCCUAAAGUGGAAGAUCCAGAAAAAGAAUAUGUUCUUGAUCCAAAACCACCACCAUUAACUUUAGCACAGAAGCUGGGCCUCUUUGAACCUCCGCCACCACCACUAUCCUCAGAUGAAUGGGAAAAAGUGAAACAAAGAUCCAUCCUGCAAGGGGACUCUGUGCAGCCGUGCCCAAUAUGCAAAGAAGAAUUUGAACUUCGCCCCCAGGUGCUGCUUUCAUGUUCACAUGUGUUUCACAGAGCAUGCCUCCAGGCGUUUGAAAAGUUCACAAAUAAAAAAACCUGCCCUCUCUGUAGAAAGAACCAGUAUCAAACCAGAGUGAUUCACGACGGAGCCCGGCUGUUCAAAAUAAAGUGUGCCACAAGGAUCCAAGCCUGCUGGAGGGGACACGUGGUCAGGAAGUGGUACCAAGACCUGAGGAGAAAGGUUCCUCCCACAGACGCCAAGUUGAGAAGAAAAUUCUUUGAAGAAAAGGUAGAGCCCCUGCAGGCCUGUCAGUGCCUCCCGCUUCCUUUCCAGUUCACAGAGAUCAGUCACCGCCUACUGUGCUCCUACAGCACAGACAUAGAGGACCUCUUCUGGGAAAUCGACCACUGCCUGGCCAUAAACCGAAGUGUUCUUCAGCAGCUGGAGGACAGGUGCGGCCACGAGCUCACAGACGAAGACUGGGAAAAGAUCCAGAUCCAGGCUCUGCACCGGGAGUCCUACGAGUGUCCCAUCUGUCUCACCCCGCUCCCAGCCAGCGCCGACGGUCACCAGGAUCCGGGCGAGACGCGCCGCAGCCAGUCUUCCCGGGAGACGGUCCUCCUGUCCUGCUCACAUGUGUUCCACCACACGUGUCUCCUUGCUCUGGAGGAGUUCUCCUUGGGGGACAGUUCUCCUUUCCACGUGUGUCCCCUCUGCCGCUCUGGCUAUCAGAAGAAAAUUCUUGAAUACUGAAUUCACAGGAAGAAUUAUAUUGCUUCUGGGCAGUGCUGGGGGAGAGGGAUUUACCUCAAUUUUGUAAAAAUUGUACGAGUUUGGGGUGAAGUACUACAGUGCAAUCUGCUCUCCAAUGAAACAGACACUUAGUAGUUGUACAUAGGGACCCUAUAUAUAUUUUAAAAGCUGACAGCAUACCCAAUUUUAGUCUUUAGUUUAUAAAAAUUUCAAAUUGAUGAGUUUAGUCCAUUGAAAUAAGUGAGGAAUGGAUAAAAACUUGAGGAAUGGAUAAGAACUUGAGGUUCUAUCAUUUAGUGACUCACUAUGCUUCUAGUUGAUCGGUUUGGACCCCUCCACACAGUGGAAUCACUCCCCUGCUUUCACAGUCAUCUGAUUAAGUGGUUCUGUUUCCACAAGGUUCUGUCCGGCAGCAGGAGACCUGCCAGGAUGGUCAUGGCACGCUGGUCCCGGCUCACCGGGUACACACGGUUACUCAGAUCGAGCUAGUGUCUGACCACAAGCUGGUAACUAAAAACACUUCCAGUUGUCUUGGGUCCCUGCCGUUCCUAGUUAUUUGUUUUGUAGUAAUUGCUUUAUUUCCAUGUGAUAACUUACCAUUAUAUUUCAGCACUUCGAAUAUGUAAACCCAAAGUAUAAAAAUAAAAUCUUCAGUGGUAUUCAU